AUGCCUCAGAACGAGUACAUUGAGCAGCAUAUCAAGCAGCAUGGUCGAAGACUAGAUCACGAUGAAAAGAAGCGUAAGAAGGCUGCCAGAGAGGGUCACAGAAUUGCCAAAGAUGCUCAGAAUCUGAAAGGUUGGAAGGGUAAGAUGUUUGCUAAGAAGAGAUACUCAGAAAAGGUCGAAAUGAAGAAGAAGAUUAAGGCUCACGAAGAAUCAAAGAUCAAGGGACCUUCCAAACCUAAGGAGGAUGACGGAGAAGCUUUACCCACAUAUUUGUUGGAUCGUCAAACUACCAAUACAGCUAAGGCCAUUUCUUCAUCGAUUAAGCAGAAACGUCUGGAGAAAGCUUCCAAGUUCCAAGUUCCCUUGCCAAAAGUGCGUGGUAUAACUGAAGAAGAGAUGUUCAAGGUCAUCAAAACUGGUAAAUCCAAGUCAAAGUCGUGGAAGCGUAUGAUUACCAAACAUACUUUUGUUGGUGAAGGUUUUACCAGAAAUCCGGUUAAGAUGGAAAGAAUUAUUCGCCCAUCUGCCCUAAGACAGAAGAAAGCCAAUGUAACCCAUCCAGAGCUUGGUGUCACUGUCUUUUUGCCCAUUCUGGCUGUAAAGAAAAACCCUCAAUCCCCUAUGUACACUAAACUGGGAGUUCUUACUAAAGGAACUAUCAUAGAGGUCAACGUUUCUGAUUUGGGACUGGUUACUGCAGGUGGUAAAGUUGUCUGGGGUAAAUACGCUCAAAUCACCAAUGAACCGGACAGAGAUGGAUGUGUCAAUGCAGUUCUCUUGGUUUAA